AUGGGAAAAUUGGAUAUUGAAAUAUGCUCGAAGAAUCACGAACUCGUACCUGGAUUACUUGCUGCGAAAAUAGCGAAUCUGCGUUACGGUGGUGUUCAGAAACUGUUGAGUGAGUUAUGCAAGCACAAGUUGCUCAGCUACGAACGAGGAAUACGAUAUGAUGGUUUUCGCUUGACAAAUGCUGGUUAUGAUUACUUGGCUUUGAAAGUCUUAACACAAAGAGGAACAAUUUCUUCUUUUGGUAAUCAGAUUGGUGUUGGCAAGGAAUCUAAUAUCUAUAUCGUUGCCAAUGAUGAGGGGACUUCUCUUUGUUUAAAAUUACAUAGAUUAGGUAGAACGUGCUUCCGAAAUAUUAAGGGAAAGAGAGACUAUCAUCAGCACAGGCAAUCCGCAUCUUGGUUAUAUCUAUCAAGACUUUCAGCAACUAGAGAAUUUGCCUAUAUGAAAGUACUCUUGGAUAGAGGUUUUCCUGUGCCAAAGCCAAUUGAUUUUAACAGGCAUUGUGUUAUAAUGGAGCUGGUUGAAGGUGGACCUCUAUGUAACGUACAUGAAGUAAACAAUGUGGAAACAUUGUAUGAUGAACUCAUGGAUUUAAUUGUUAGACUGGCAAAUCAUGGUGUUAUACAUGGAGAUUUUAAUGAAUUUAACAUAAUGAUUAAAAAUGAUGGCAAGCCAGUUAUUAUUGAUUUUCCACAAAUGGUUUCUACAGAACAUGAGAAUGCAGAAGAAUAUUUUCAAAGAGAUGUAAAUUGCAUUCGUGAUUUUUUUAAAAGACGUUUUGGAUAUGUGAGUGAACUGUACCCAACUUUCCAAGAUGUAUUACGUGAGGAUUGUAUAGAUGCUGAAGUUAAAGCUAGCGGUUUAAUGAAACAAAUGCAAAAAGAUCUCUUAAAGAAUUAA